UCACAGCAGGCUUCACCUCCUCCUUGCGGGGGCCCUGUUGGUCCCGGCGGCGGUCCCGGCGACGCGCUGGGUGCAGCGGCGGCGGGUGUGGGCGCGGCGGGCGUGGUGGUGGGCGUGGGCGGAGCCGUAGGCGUUGGCGGUUGCUGUUCAGGGCCGGGCCACAGCAAGCGCCGGCGUCAAGCCCCUGGGGUCGGAGCGGUUGGAGGGGGCAGUCCAGAGCGUGAGGAGGUCGGCGCGGGUUAUAACAGUGAAGACGAGUAUGAAGCGGCUGCAGCUCGUAUCGAGGCUAUGGACCCCGCAACCGUUGAGCAGCAGGAGCACUGGUUUGAAAAGGCCCUGAGAGACAAGAAGGGCUUCAUCAUCAAGCAGAUGAAGGAGGACGGCGCCUGUCUCUUCCGGGCUGUAGCUGACCAGGUGUACGGAGACCAGGACAUGCAUGAGGUGGUGCGAAAGCAUUGCAUGGACUAUCUGAUGAAGAAUGCGGACUACUUCUCCAACUAUGUCACCGAGGACUUCACCACCUACAUCAACAGGAAGCGGAAAAACAACUGCCACGGCAACCACAUUGAGAUGCAGGCCAUGGCAGAGAUGUACAACCGGCCCGUGGAGGUGUACCAGUACAGCACAGAACCCAUCAACACAUUCCAUGGGAUCCAUCAAAACGAGGAUGAGCCCAUCCGCGUCAGCUACCACCGGAAUAUCCACUACAAUUCAGUGGUGAAUCCCAACAAGGCCACCAUUGGUGUGGGACUAGGCCUGCCAUCAUUCAAACCCGGGUUCGCAGAGCAGUCCCUGAUGAAGAAUGCCAUAAAAACAUCAGAGGAGUCAUGGAUUGAGCAGCAAAUGCUGGAAGACAAGAAGCGGGCCACAGACUGGGAGGCCACAAAUGAGGCCAUUGAGGAGCAGGUGGCUCGAGAAUCCUACCUGCAGUGGCUGCGGGAUCAGGAGAAACAGGCCCGCCAGGUCCGCGGCCCAAGCCAGCCGCGGAAGGCCAGUGCCACAUGCAGUUCUGCCACAGCAGCAGCCUCCAGUGGCCUGGAGGAGUGGACCAGCCGGUCCCCGCGGCAGCGGAGUUCAGCCUCUUCACCUGAGCACCCGGAGCUGCACGCCGAGCUGGGCAUCAAGCCCCCUUCCCCAGGCACUGUCUUAGCUCUUGCCAAACCUCCUUCGCCCUGUGCACCAGGUACAAGCAGCCAGUUCUCGGCAGGGGCCGACCGGGCUACUUCCCCCCUCGUGUCCCUCUACCCUGCUCUGGAGUGCCGGGCCCUCAUUCAGCAGAUGUCCCCCUCCGCCUUUGGUCUGAACGACUGGGAUGAUGACGAGAUCCUAGCGUCGGUGCUGGCAGUGUCCCAACAGGAAUACCUAGACAGUAUGAAGAAAAACAAAGUGCACAGAGAUCCACCCCCGGACAAGAGUUGAUGGAGACCCAGAGACUGGAGACCAUCUCCCAACCCCCACCACUCCUGCCCUCCAGUGCCGCCCCACCUUCUUCGGCUUUCUUCCCUCUUGCCUUCUUCCCUCUCUCCCCUCCUUCCGCUCCUCCCCACUUCCCUCUGGCUGGCCCAUCCCUGAGCCCCCUCUCAUCGCUGCCGCCACCACCACCAUCACCCGUCUCUUCGCCAGCUGACGUGCCCUGUUGCCCCCUGCACAGCAUCAUCCCUGCAUUCCACAGGGGACUUGGGCAAGGGUGCCGAAGGUAGGCGAGAGGCACACAGAGACAGAACAGCUGGCAGCCAGGCAGCCCCCGAGGAGAGACAUUCAGACAGAGGAAAGUUUCCCUGCCCCCCCAUUCCUUCCAAGAUCAGAAAUACUUGUCACCCCACCUCCACAAUGAUGUUGGGGAGGUGGGAGGAAGAAGUGGGAAUCCCCCUUCCCAGUACCCCAAGAAUGUCUGAGCCUUCAAUGUUGAAUUUUUUCUUUAUUAAAAUGUACUUUUAUCUUAUAAACUCAACCAAUCCAAAAUGAUGUAGACAACAGCAUUGGCUCUGUGAAGGCGGCAUCUCUCUGGUUUGGGAGCAGGCAGGCCACGGGGCAUAGAGGGGGCACAAAGACGUGGUUGCCGUCUCUAGCCCCCAGCUCCGCGGAGGUGGGCAGGGUCUAGAGUACAAGCGGGGGCAGGGGGUAGGUGUCCUGUGGGCUCUGGACAAUGAGACUCUGACCUCGCUGCAUUCCUACUGCUUCCACGCCACCGCCACCGGUCUCUUUGGAGUCUUGGGGUGGGGGGCACCUUUGAGGAUCGUGGCUGCUGCCACCCAGGAUUUGAGUGUGGGGAGUGGGAGCAGCCUCAGCAGAUGGGGCACCCGGGCCCUGCAGGUGUUGACAAGAUCCACCAUCUGUAAUGUCCUUGGCACAAUAAAACCAAAUGUCAGUUUCCCC